UUUCCAAGAUUGAGCCAACUGGGCUCAUAUCCAAGGCUAACCGGGACAAGUUUCUCUUGGAGAGAAGGAGAGAAAGGACCUCCGAAGAAAUUAGAAAAGCCGCGUUGUAGCCUGUCUGUCUCUUCCAAAAAUUCAUCUCUUUUUUAAAUAGCAAAGCAACCCACCCGUCUCUCUCUGUCUCUCUCUUUUGGCAAAUCAAAACAGAUAUACACAUUCAAAACCAAAGCUAGCUCUCUCUCUGAUUAAACUUCCUUGCUAGUUUUUUAUAGCCCAGAUAAUUCAGGCACAUGUAGCACCUCCUCCUGGUUACUUGUACGUUUGGUGAAUAGUCCUGAAUGCAAUCACGAUUUGAAGAAGAAAGUGAGGAUGCGCCGGUGGCUUUGCUGUACUUGUCAAGUUGAGGAGUCUUACUCACCACAUGAAAACGAGCGAUUGAAAAAAAGCCCAAAGGAUUAUCAAGAUGGGAACCACAAGUCCAAGGUUUCAGCUCCUGCUAAACCUGAAGUGCAAAAGGCGGCACCGCCACCUAUUGAAGUGCCAGAUUUAUCUUUGGAUGAACUGGAAGAAACUACUGACAACUUUGGAUCAAAGGCAUUAAUUGGUGAAGGAUCAUAUGGAAGAGUGUAUUAUGCAAACUUAAGUAGUGGAAAAGCUGUUGCUGUAAAGAAGCUAGAUGUUUCAUCUGAGCCUGAGACAAAUGCUGAGUUUUUGACUCAGGUUUCAAUGGUUUCAAGAUUGAAGCAUGAAAAUCUUGUUGAGUUGCUUGGUUACUGUGUUGACGGAAAUCUCCGUGUGCUUGCAUACGAGUUUGCAACGAUGGGAUCUCUUCAUGACAUAUUGCAUGGUAGGAAGGGUGUUCAAGGAGCACAACCAGGUCCAGUGCUUGACUGGAUGACACGGGUUAGAAUUGCAAUUGAUGCAGCAAAGGGUUUGGAGUACUUGCAUGAGAAGGUUCAACCUUCUAUAAUCCAUAGGGAUAUCAGAUCAAGCAAUGUGCUUCUCUUUGAAGAUUUCAAGGCCAAAAUUGCAGAUUUUAACCUUUCAAAUCAGUCUCCUGACAUGGCUGCUCGUCUUCAUUCUACUCGUGUUUUGGGAACCUUUGGCUAUCAUGCUCCAGAAUAUGCAAUGACUGGACAAUUGACCCAGAAAAGUGAUGUUUACAGCUUUGGAGUUGUCCUUCUAGAGCUUUUGACAGGAAGGAAACCUGUUGAUCACACUAUGCCUCGUGGGCAACAGAGUCUCGUUACCUGGGCUACUCCGAGAUUAAGUGAAGACAAAGUUAAACAGUGUGUGGAUCCCAAGCUAAAAGGAGAAUAUCCUCCCAAAGGAGUAGCUAAGCUGGCAGCUGUUGCAGCAUUGUGUGUGCAGUAUGAAGCUGAGUUCCGGCCUAAUAUGAGCAUUGUUGUGAAGGCUCUUCAACCACUUCUGAAGUCACCAGCUCCAGCUCGAGCUCCAGAUCCAGAUCCAGAUGCCUAAAAGGCAAAUAAACUCAAUUUCUCCAGUUGUUUGAAAUUCUGCAGCUUGUUUGCAUUUUGUCUCCAUAUAUAUUUUUUAAUUUUUCAUAUAGGAGAAUUUAUUUCAUAUAAUAUGAGAGCAGAUUUGUAGGAUUGGAUUGCCCUUUUAAUAUAAGUUAUAUAACAUUUGCCCGGUGCCGUUGCUGGUA